CCGAGUUUGUCGCCGUUCCCGAGGGGGAGGGAGCGGUGGAUAGAGCUGAGCAAAGUUGGGAAAGGAGACCAAGCAAAAUCACCUCAGGACGAGUCCAGAUCUCCCCAAUUUGUACUCGGAAAGCGGUGGUCCAAACAAUCCUUCUGGAUCUGCAGCAUCUAAUGAAGACAUGGACAAUAAUCGGGAGACUUCUAAUGUCCAAGUGCAUGUUUUACCUCGGAUUAAAAAUUUGAGAAUGGAUCAGGAGUCAGUGGCAUCAAACUCUGUUCAUGGAACUGUACAAUCAAAUCAAACCACUUCACAUCCAUUUGCAACAAAGAAACAUGCUUCUCAAGAAUGUCAUGCUUUUGUUGCUGAAAAUAGUGCUUGUGAAGAAAAAUAUCCUAAUAUUGAAACACAAUCAGCAAAUAUUCAAAAGACUGCUCAGGGUUACUCAAAGGUCGCAUCUUGGAAGCAUCUGCAUCUUGAUAACAUAAUGCACCCAGAUGAAGAGGACUCUUGCUCCAUUGCUUCUUCCAUGGCACCAUCUAUAAAAAGUAUGAAAAAUAGGGCAGUUGCUCCAACAUUCAGGAGCAGUGAGCGUGCAGAGAGGCGUAAGGAGUUCUACUCAAAAUUAGAAGAAAAGCAUCAGGCCCUGGAAGCAGAGAAGCUCCAAAGUGAAGCCAAAACAAGGGAAGAACAAGAGGCUGCUCUUAAGCAACUAAGGAAAAAUUUGACUUUCCGAGCAACACCAAUGCCCAGCUUCUAUCACGAGGGACCUCCACCUAAGGUCGAACUUAAAAAGGUCCCCCCUACCCGUGCUCGAUCACCAAAACUGGGUCGAAGGAAGAGCUGUGGUGACAUGAACACAGCCACUGAAGGAGAAAAUGGUGGCUGGGGACGUGGUCGACUUCAGCGUCACAGUUUAGCCACUUGCAAGGAUGCUACAAACAAGUUGAACACUAUCCCCAGGAACCAGAACCCAGUGAAUAAACUCAAAGAAGGGAUCAAAUCCACUAGAGACAACUCUAAGCAACAGCCUACCAACAAAGAGAUCUCUCAGGCUACAUCUGAUGUAGCGUCACCAGUCAGCCCCAGUGUUUAGCAUCUCUGGAUGAUAGCAGAGUUCCAGAAUUGAAGUGGUGUAUUCGAACCAUGGAAGCUGAUAAUUAUUGAUAUGCUAGUAUUGGUGAUGUUAUUGUUGCUGAAAUCAAAUAGCAAUGUUAAAUAUGCCGCUAGAAAGAUCAAAGCAUUUGUACCAUCCCAUCUUAUGAAAAAUAAACUCAUUUGUUUGGCUA